UUUAAAUUAUCAUUUUUAAAAAAUACAUUUAUUGUCUUUUGUUUUGAUUUGAUUUGUCGGUCUGUCAAAAAUUCAUAGAUUUUCAAAAAAAAUUAAUUAAAAAUGGAUUUUGACACUAAAUGUCCUGGAUAUUAUUGUGGUAGAAUGCCAUUACCAAAUGAUACAUUUACUGACUGUGGUUCUUGUGAUCGUGGCUGGAAGAGAAAUGAUAAAUUCAUCUGUGUAAAGUGCGAUGAUAAAUUGGAACUUUACGAUCUUCUAUUUCUUGCUUUUAAUAUCAUCGUUCCGUUCCUAAUUCACCUAUUUCUGAUCGAUUACACAACUAAAACACCUAAAAAAUUUUCAAAAGAAAUUUUCCUGUUGUAUCUUUGUGCUAUUUUUGAAGUUGGGCUUUCAGCAUUGCUGUCUGUGCUCUUGACUGAACCGAAAUUCUCAUUUGAGAUUCAUUCCUGUGGUGUUAGCAGUAUUAGUGACUUUUAUACCUAUUUUUUUAAUCCAUCGCCAGGAUAUGAGAAAACUCUAAUAUGCACACAGGAACGCGUAUAUCCUCUACAAACAUUAGUCCUCAUAUUUUAUGCUUCUUGUGUCUUCUUCAUGCUUCUGUUUCGUCCAAUUCUUAAUGAAAGGUACUGCAAGAAUAAAGUGGAACGAGCGUCGCUAGCUGUCUACUAUGGAUUAUAUGCAUUUCCAUUAUUAGCAUUAAUCUAUGCAGUCGCUGGAGGUUUCAUUUACUUCUCAUUCCCGUACAUCUCGCUUAUAAUAAGCUGUGCAGUCAACGCUGGACAUUUUGCUAUGAAACAAGACCAAGACACAAAACAAUUGCUGAUAAGCUCAUUAACAAGUAUUCGUAAUGUUAUAAUUAUUGUUGGUAACUGGCUGUUAUUUUCGUUUGGAAUUGUGUCUAUUAAAAAGUAUUAUUUGUUGCUACUCGCACCAGUUCCAUCAAUAUUUUACAUCAUUACUGCGAAAUUUACUAAUCCUGAGAAUUACUGAUAUUUAUUUGACUAGGCUAGGAGUGCUACAAAUUAAAUUAAUUAAAGAUUAUUUUGUGAUUUAUUAAAUAAUGACUAAGGAAAUAUGAAUAAAAAUAUUGAUCUGUGUAUUUUAUUGAA